CUCCUGUUGGUGGGUUGGCCAGUGUUCGCCUGAUAACUUUCCUUAGCAUGCAGAGGAGCGAGUGUCUGAGUCACAAAGCUUUUGCGGGAGAGUUGAUCAUCAUACAGUAGUCUCUCCGGCGAUUUUAAAAGGUUUGGCUCGAAAUGACGACCCAGCAGCCCCCUCUCUCCCAGGAGAUUCUGGCUCAGUGUAACCAGCAGGCCAUGGAACCAUGGGGCUCCCGGAAGCUUCACCAGAGCCGCCAAGGCUCCAUUUCCACCCUCCGCAGCUCCCUGUCUAGAGACCAACAGCAGCAGCAGCAUCCUCGGUACCCUCUAUUACUCCCAAGGGGCUUCCUCCCUAUCGAGUCCUCAUCCAGGAGGCCCAAUAUCAGCAACCCAAACUCCCCUUUCAUACGCCGGGACUUGGUCGCCCUAACCAAGCGUUUUUCUUUUGGCGGUUGGCUUCAGGGCAGUCGGGCCAGUUUCUCUGGUUUGCCCCUCCAUCAGCCUGUCCAGCUAGAGAACACCUAUAAGACUGAACCAGAGAAGGGAUGUCUUUUUAAAGCCAGUAAGGUCCAGAAGCUUGUGCAAGCCAUGCUGGAUAGUUAUCUGGAUGGGGCCAGCUAUAACGCAGCCUCAGGCAGCCAUCUUAGCCAGAUUCUGUCAGACAUGGUGAAGAGCAAAGUGAAAGAGAUGAUUCCUCCGCGGUACAAGCUGGUGUGUCAGGUGGUGGUGGGGCAGAACAGGAACCAGGGUCUACGAGUGGCCAGUCGCUGUCUUUGGGACUCGCAACAUGAUGACUUUGCAGUUGCCAUGUUCCAAAACCAUUCUCUUUUCACGUUGGUCAUAGUCCAUGGAGUUUAUUGUGAGUGAGUCAUACGCACUGGCAACAACUAUACUGAACAAAAAUAUAAAUGCAACAUGUAAAGUGAUGGUCCCAUGAUUCAUGAGCUGAAACAAAAGCUCCCAGAAAUGGUCCAUAGGCACAAAAAGUUUAUUUCUCUCAAAUUUUGUGCACAAAUUUGUUGACAUCCUUGUGAGCAUUUGCCAAGUUAAUACAUCCACCUGAUAGGUGUGGCAUAUCAAGAAUCAGAUAAAAAGCAUGAUUCUUACUCAGGUGAACCUUGUGCUGGGGACAAAAAAAAGCCACUAAAAUUUUCUCACGUCUCAAGUUGAGGGAGAGCGCAAUUGGCAAGCUGACUACAAGAAUGUCCACCAGAACUGUUGCCAGAGAAUUUAAUGUUUAUUUCACAAGCCUCCAGAAACAUUUUAAAGAAACUGUCAGAAAUUGUCUCAGGAAAGCUCACCUACGUGUUCGGUGUAGUAACCGACUACAGUGGGCAAAUGCUGACCUUCGAUGGCCACUAGCACACUGGGGAAGGGUGCUCUUCACCGAUGAAUCCUGGUUUCAACUGUACCGGGCAAAAGGCAGUGUGUAUGUGUGAGCGAGCAGUUUGCCGAUGUCAACAUUGUGAACAGAGUGUACCAUGGUGGCGGUGGGGUUAUGUUAUGGGCAGGCA